AUCCCGACAACUUUGAAAAAACGCACUUUAUAUCGGAUUUGUGCCUUUUAUGCUACACGUAUCUGCCCCCUCAUUGGCUAGAAUGGUCCCACUUGAUCUUGCCUACUCCCGACUGCCUUCCAUUUUUAUUUUUUAUUUUGUCUUUGUUAGAGCGGCCACUUGAGUAUCUGGUCAAAGAUUUCGUCGCUAACGUGUACGUGAUGACAUCACUUCAUAAGCAAAGUCGAUCCCGCCCACUCCAUUUUUCAAGCCUGUAGUGGAGUUCAACGCACGGUUGUGCUGUCAGCAGUGUUGGGAACUUUUAUGCUGAAUUGCAUUUGAAAAACGACAACAAACACCAAGAUGGCCGGCCGGACUCUGCAAGCUGGGCGAUGUCCAACAGAUGAACUGUCACUGACCAACUGCGCAGUCGUGAGUGAGAAGGAGUCACAGUUUGAACAUCAUGUGACGGUGAGAACCACGCCGACCCACAAGUUUGUGUUCACAGUGAAGACCCACCAGAGUGUGGUCCCAGGAACCAUCGCCUUCAGUCUUCCCCAGAGAAAAUGGGCAGGCAUCUCCAUUGGUCAGGAUGUGGAAGUGACCGGCUACAACUUUGACAAGUCCAAGCAGUGUGUAGGCACCAUGAUAGUGGAGAUUGACUUCCUGCAGAAGAAGAGCGUGGACAGCAGCCCAUACGACUCAGACAAGAUGGCUGCAGAGUUCAUCCAGCACUUCAACAGCCAGGCCUUCAGUGUAGGCCAGCAGCUGGUGUUUAGUUUCAGUGAUAAGCUGUUUGGCCUGCUGAUAAAGGACAUCGAGGCCAUGGACCCCAGCAUCCUCAAGGGAGAUGCAGUCUCUGGGAAGAAGCAAAAUAUUGACAUUGGCUUGUUGCUGGGCAACAGCCAGGUGGUUUUCGAGAAGGCAGAGAGCUCCUCUCUUACCCUCAUUGGGAAAGCGAAGACCAGAGAGUCUCGUCAGUCCAUCAUCAACCCAGACUGGAACUUUGAGCGCAUGGGCAUCGGUGGCCUGGACAAGGAGUUCUCUGACAUCUUCCGUAGGGCCUUCGCCUCUCGAGUCUUCCCUCCAGACAUCGUGGAGCAGAUGGGCUGUAAGCACGUGAAGGGCAUCCUGUUGUUCGGGCCUCCUGGCUGUGGUAAGACUCUGAUGGCCAGGCAGAUUGGGAAGAUGCUGAACGCCCGCGAGCCCAAGGUGGUCAACGGCCCUGAGAUCCUCAAUAAGUACGUGGGAGAGUCCGAGGCCAACAUCAGGAAGCUGUUCGCCGACGCAGAGGACGAGCAGAAGAGGCUGGGCGCCAACAGUGGGCUGCACAUCAUCAUCUUUGACGAGAUCGACGCCAUCUGUAAGCAACGUGGCAGCAUGGCGGGCAGCACAGGUGUCCACGACACGGUGGUCAACCAGCUGCUCUCCAAGAUAGACGGAGUAGAGCAGCUCAACAACAUCCUGGUCAUAGGAAUGACCAACAGGCCUGACCUGAUAGACGAGGCCUUGUUGAGACCAGGCAGGUUGGAAGUCAAAAUGGAGAUCGGUUUGCCUGAUGAGAAGGGGCGUGUCCAGAUCCUCAACAUCCACACGGCUAAAAUGCGUCAGUUCAACCUGCUGGGCAGCGACGUGGAUGUCAGCGAGCUGGCCACCGAGACCAAGAACUACAGCGGAGCCGAGCUGGAAGGGCUGGUCAGAGCUGCCCAGUCCACUGCCAUGAACCGACACAUCAAGGCCAGUGCCACCGUGGAGGUGGACCUGGAGAAGGCUGUGAAUCUGCAGGUCCACAGAGAUGACUUCCUGGCCUCGCUGGACAACGACAUCAAACCUGCUUUUGGUACCAACUCGGAGGACUAUGCCAGCUACAUCAUGAAUGGCAUCAUAAAGUGGGGUGACCCGGUAACUGCUGUGCUGGAUGAUGGGGAGCUGCUGGUGCAGCAGACUAAGAACAGCGACCGCACACCGCUGGUGUCUGUGCUCCUGGAAGGUCCCCCCAACAGUGGAAAGACGGCCCUAGCAGCUAAGAUCGCAGAGGAAUCCCAGUUUCCCUUUAUAAAGAUCUGUUCUCCUGACAAGAUGAUCGGUCACUCCGAAAUCGCUAAGUGCCAGGCCAUCAAGAAGAUAUUUGAAGAUGCCUACAAGUCCCAGCUGAGCUGUGUAGUGGUGGACGACAUUGAACGCUUGCUGGACUAUGUCCCGAUUGGCCCUCGUUUCUCAAACCUGGUCCUUCAAGCUCUGCUGGUCCUCCUCAAGAAACCCCCUCCCAAAGGCCGUAAGCUGCUGAUCAUCGGCACCACCAGCAGGAAGGACGUGCUGCAGGAGAUGGAGAUGCUGGAUGCCUUCAGUACCACCAUCCACAUCCCCAACAUCUCUAGAGGAGAGCAGCUGGUUGAAGCCCUGGAGAUGCUGGGUAGUUUCCAGGAGAAGGAGCGGGCAGCCAUUGCCAAGGCGGUGAAGAGCCAGGCGGUAUGGAUCGGCAUCAAGAAGCUGACGAUGGUCAUCGAGAUGGCUGUGCAGAUGGAUCCUGAAUACAGAGUUAGUAAGUUCUUGAACCUGCUGAGAGAACAGGGAGCGCUGGGUUCUGACAAGCACAUAGCCAUCUAAGCCCAUGGUGGAGCUGCAUUGCCCAGCAGUAGCUGCCUCUCACAUGGGCGAGGAGUGGAAGCCCGGAUGCGGCCGGCAAGAUGGAGUGAGCGAGAGAUUUUAUAUCUCCGCCUAGUCUGGCCAUCGCAAACGCUCGCCGCGUAAUCGCUGUACCGUGUGUUUCCAUGGCAACUCGAUCCACCAGCGUCGUCCUCCUUCCUCAUCAGCACUAUUUCUCUGUGUGUGUAAACUAAGUCUGUAAUUGUUAUUUCUGAAGGCAAAGUGUUGUGAUUCAAAUGACACUCUAUUCCCUAUAUAGUGCACUAGGUUUUGACCAGAUGUCUAUGGGCCCUGGUCAAAAGAAGUGCACUGUAUAAGGAAUAGUGUGCCAUUUGAGAUGCAUCCAAAGUGUUGUGAUUUGUGCUGCUAGCACUCCAGGGGAUUUUAUGUAUAAAAAAUCUAAUGUAUGUUUGUAACUAAACAUGAGACGAGAAAAGUGUAUGCAAAAUCAUGUACACUGAGUGUAUGAACCAUUUGGAACACCUUCCUAAUAUUGAGUUGCACUCCCUUUUGCCCUCAGAACAGCCUCAAUUCGUUGGCGCAUGGAAUCAACAAGGUGUCGAAAGCGUUCCACAGGGAUGCUGGCCCAUGUUGACUCCAAUGCUUCCCACUGUUGUCAAGUUUGCUAGCUGUCCUUUGGGUGAGGGACCGUUCUUGAUACACAUGGGAAGCUGUUGAGCAACAACAACAAAAAACAGCAACGUUGCAGUUCUUGACACACUCAAACCAGUGUGCCUGGCACCUACUACCAUACCCCGUCAAAAGGCACUUAAAUAUUUUGUUUUGCCCAUUCACCCUCUGAAUGGCACACCUACACAAUCCAUGUCUCAAAUGUCUGUCUCAAGGCUGUCCCAAAUCCUUCUUUAACCUGUCCGCCUCCCCUUCAUCUACACUGAUUUUGAGGGAUCCUAGCUUUCACCUGGUCAGUCUGUCAUGGAAAGAGCCGGUGUUUAUAAUGUUUUGUACUCUGUGUAUAUGAUGACCUAUUUGAUUUUGAUGCAACUCCAACAUUGGGCAUGAUGCAUUUGACAAAGCAAUUUUCAUAUUGUAUGCAUAACUGACCAGUCAAACUUCUCUAUAAAUGCAUCAUAUGCUGAAUAUGCGCAACAUAAUGGUGAAACUGAUUAAUUGCAGCAUGUAUUGUGUGUGCUCUAAUAUAUUAUGUGCUUAGAUUUUAUAAUCAUUCCAGGAAAUGAUGGUUCCAAGCCUUACUCUUAACUCUACUCACACAAAACCUAAUAGGACCAAAGUAUCACAGCAGUCUGUUUUGUGAAUAAUUGUUAUGAAUAAAUAUUAAUGUUACUAAUAUUGAUUAGCUAGUAACUGGAAAAAGUGAUUCAUUUUCAGACCCAGACCAUUUUAGAAGGAAACCUCUCCCCAACCACUCAGACACACAUGUGCGAACACACAUACAUAUGACCAUACUGUUGACAGUUCUUUUUUCUGCAUUGUGCUGUUCUCUAUGAAGGAUCUCUGGAGACCCUCUGGCAUGCCUUUGCAUUUUUAGAAACACUUAAAAUAAGGACUGUGUUUUGUGUAGGCUUACCCUGGCGUGACGUUUUGAUAAACAUGUUAAUCUCAAAAUAAUCUCAAUAUAUUCAGCUCUAUUUACUUUAUGAUUCAAAAAUGCUAAUUAGCAUCAAAGUAGACAUCACGCAAAACUACAAAUCCCUGCAAGCUCCUGCACGUCAUCUCUAGCAGGUGUGUUUGUUAACAGGUAUUGGGGUCAACGUGCAUAAGACAGUUUACAGAAUUGUCCAUUUGAAGAAAUGUAAGUGUUUGGUCCCAUGUUUCAUGAGCUGAAAUAAAAGAUCACAGAAAUGUUC